AUGCCAGACGGUAUUUGUUUUCGCCCUGGGGCAGGUUUUAUUAGCCGAGAUUCCCCUUUAGGUAGCUUAGCGAAUGACAAGCAUACAAGUCCUCCAUCAAAAUCGCACGGCCGGAAGCACAGAGUCCGGCUCCCGAGACGAGCCUUGGUUGGAAGCCAAGACAGGGCUGCAACCCAAAUUGUCGUCAAGGAGCUUGAUUUCUGCCUCAGGGGACUUGAUUUUAUGACUCGUGGUACUCCUGGUAUCCAUCUAUCUCUCUCUCGUGGUCCGACGACCAUCCAACGAGAUUAUAAUUACAUGGAAUCCGCGAACAAGAGACUGUUAAAUGUCUGGAUUGCCCACGAGAAGGCAUGGGCCCGAAAAUCGAGCAAAUCCCAGUUUGCAGGCCAAAAGAGUUCGCCUUAA